AUGGAUGAAUUAUUAGACGAAAUACCUUUAGAGCCACUCAAAAUAAAUCAACUUGUAUCUGCAUUAAAAAAUGGUCUUAAAAGUUCACAACAUUCUGUUUCUUAUGCAUCGCUUACAUGUAUCAGUCCUUUAAUAUCUUCUAUAGCUGUAACAAAUACAUCAUAUCUCAAAUAUGUUAUAACUGCACUUGCUCCUGCAGUAAUCGGUAAACUUGGUGAUACAAAGAAAAAAAUGCAAGAAGCCUCCCUUCAAGUUUUACUGGCAAUGUGGAGAUUUUCCAAUGGUGCUGUUCAUAACUUACAUACAUUAAAUGCUUUGGAAACUUGUAUAAAAGAGUCUGCUUUUUGCCAUAAACAAUGGAGAGUUCCAUGGACGACUAAUAUAGUAAAAUUAUUGGAUGAUUCUAAUGAACGAGUCAGAGAAGCUGCAAAAAAUAAAAUUGUCAUACUUUUCAGUGACAUGCCUUCAAAUGCUAAAAUCGAUCUAAAACGGGAACUUGAGAAACAUUCUAUUCGUGCAGGAAUUAUUGAAUUUAUUUAUUCAAAAGUUAUAAUUGAACCGUUCGACGACUUAUCAAAUUCUAAAUCUGUUCUAUUUUCCAAAAAAUCUAAAAUUGUUGAUAAACCACAAAUCGAUAAUGUUGAUGAUUUUGAACAAGAAUUACAAAAGAUUAUCCCCAUUUUUCAAGGAAAAGAAACAGAGCUAAACUGGUCUUCUAGAGAAAAAUAUCUUAAUCAUUUAAAAUCUUUGAUUAAUGCUGAUCAAGAUUUAAAAUAUCCAGAAGUUUUUGCUAGUUUCUUGAAAAUUAUAAUGGAUGGUGUAAUAUCAUCACUCACAAGUCUUCGUACUGCUUUAAAUUUAACUACCUGUGAAUUUAUACAAGAUACAUCAGUUUAUCUCGGGUCAGCAAUUAAUCCUUUUGCUGAAACGUUACUAACAAAACUUUUAAAAAUGGUCUCAUCAACAAAAAAAUUAGUAUCUCAAGCUUCAGCAAACGCAACCAUUUCACUUUUAAAAAAUUCUUCAUAUAAUUGUAGGCUUGUCACGCAAUUAUUAUCUACAAUGAAAGAAAAAAAUGUUCAAUUAAGAAUUUAUAAUAUUAGUUUUUUAAAAACAGUUAUUGAAGCACAUUCACACAGAAAAGAUUAUAUUGAAAGAACUGGUGGCGCAGAAGUAUUUGAAAAAUCUAUUAAAAUUGGUUUGGUUGAUGCAAGCCCAAAAGUAAGGGAAGGCUGUCGUGAAGUUUUUUGGCUUUUUAAUGAAUUUUGGUCUCAUAGAGGCGAUAAGAUUAUGAAAAAUCUUGAACCACAAGUAUUAAAACAACUGGGGUGUGACAAAUUAAAAGAAGAUAAUAAUAGUUCAGCAUCAGCAUCAACAGCAAUCCCUUCUCAAAAAAUGCCACCACCAUCACCAUCACAACAAUCUUCUUAUCGUUCAAAUACCCCUUCAUCAUCACACCGAUCCAGUAUCGCAUCAAUUUAUCGUCCAACUACACCAUCAACGAAUCGUCCAACUACAACAUACAGACCAACAACACCAUCUUCGAAUCGUCCAACUACAACUUACAGACCAACAACACCAUCUUCGAAUCGUCCAACUACAACUUACAGACCAACAACACCAUCUUCGAAUCGUCUAACUUAUCGUUCGACUACACCAUCUCCAAACCGUCCAACUACACCGUCAACUUAUCGUUCGACUACACCAUCUCCAAACCGUCAAACUACAACAUAUCGUGCCAUCACACCAUCUCCCAAAAGGCCUAUCAUGGCGGCAGCAGCAUCCUCAUCAACAACAAAUAUUCCAACAAUGACAUACAGACCUUCAACGCCGUCUUCACAUCGUCCGACACAAAUAUCAAGACCAGUCACACCUUCUUCAAGAUCACAAGCCGAUUCGAUUGGUUCAGUAAAUGGCGGUAGUAGUAAUGUUGGAGGGUAUCCGAGAAAGUCUAGUAUUCCUAGAUCAGAAAGUAGUAUGAGCAAUUAUUCUAGUGUAAUGUCAGAACAAUCAAAUACCACCAACAAUACAAAUUAUUAUAACAGUAAUAAUAACGAGGCUAUUAAACUUAAUAACGAUUUAUCGUCACCGCAACUACCAUCUAUAAUGCCUCGUUCAAUAAUGCCAGGAUCAAAUCUUUUAAGGAGAAAAUCAUUAGCAAAUCUAACACCACCAUUAAAUUGCUCACCUACUAAUCCCUACAAUGAUAAUAAUAAUCGAUCGUCACCACCAAGCUCGCCGUUAAAAUAUUCAACCAGUUUUAAUAAUCUUAAACGCGUCGCAUCAUUUUCAAAUCUUAAUCCAAGAUCAUCACCGUCAUAUUAUGCAACGGGCGAUAAUACCAAUAAUUACAAUUAUAAUAAUAAAGAUGAAGGAUACGAGACCAGUGAAGAUAGUAUUAAUAACAACCAUAGGAUUAUAAAUAAUAAUGUUAUUAGGAGUAAUGAUGAUAGAAGAGAAUAUACAAGAGAUAGACAAUUGUUACAGAGAAAAUUUGCAGAGAAAGAAAAUAUUAUUAAAGAUGAUGAUUUAAAAAUGCCAUUAUCACCAUUACCAAAAGAUCAACCAAAAAAAAUUUUUUUGGAAGAAGUGAAAGAAGAGCCAGAGGAACAAAUAGUGAGAAUACAAGAGGCAAAAGAAGAAAAAGAAGAAUUGGUUAAAUAUUCUUAUCAAAAGCAGAAUAAGAGUGAUUUGUCUUUGAUUGAAAAAAAAAAUGUUGGUUCAUUGGAACAAGAACAAGAAGUCAUUACUGUUAAUAAUAACAAUAUUAUUAUUAAUAGUAGUAGCAGUGGUAGUGAUAAUGAUAAUAUCAAGUUAAAAUUGGGGAAUGAGCAUAUGAUCAUGUAUGAUGAUAAUAAUAAGAUCCAUAACAAAAUUAAUUCUUCUCAAUCUGAUAUAAUGCAAGAAAUACAACCAGUAAACAUAAUUACAUCACAGCCAUCAAACAAUCCAGUUGAUAAUGAUUUGAAUCAAUCAUUAACAAAUAAUGAUGAUGAUAAUAAUAAUAACAAGAUUAAUACUAAAUCUGAAAGAAAAGGACGUACGAUUGAUUUAGUUUCCAUCCAAAAAAAAAAAUUAUUACUUGUCACAUCACUAGCUCGAUUGUGUAAUUAUGAUGCUGAUGAUGUACUUUUCUAUCAAUUGACUAAAUUAUCCAAUGAAACUAGCGAGUUAAGUAAUGAAAUUAUAGAAGAAAUAUGGGAAUAUGGCGAAAGAUUUAGAGAAAUAAUGAGUGCGUUGAUAACGUAUUUAAGCCAUUGUAAAUCAAACAAUUUAGAGUCAAACGAAAUGGCUUUGAAAUUGCUUGGUCAAUUAAUUGUCAAUCAAUCCAAUUAUGUAAACGGAGAAAAGGAUGUUUUAAAAGAUACUUAUAUUCAAAUAGUUGAUAGUAAUAUGACAUUAUAUCUAUUGAUUGAUAUUAUGGAAACAGAUCUUUUCAAUAAUAGUGACCCUUUUGCAAUACCAGACUCUGAUAGUAAUAAUGUUAGUAAGAAUGUGUGCUCGUCGUCAAGAUAUAGUGUCAAAGGAUCAGCUUUUGUGGUAUUAACAAAAUUGGUUGAAAAAAUAGACAAGAAUAUUUUGAAAAAACAAAUCGGCAGAAUUAUUCCAUUAGCAGUAAAGGGAUUUAAUGAUUCAAGAUCUGAAAUUCGUAAAUCUGCUGUGGAAUCACUUGUAGCAAUUUAUUCAAUUCUUGGAAAUGAUAAUUCGAUGUUUCAAUAUCUUGGGGUUUUAAAUAGAUUACAACGAAAUCUUCUUGCAUAUUAUUUUAGUAAAAGCUUGAAAAAACAACGAAAGCUAUUAGCAAAAUUAAGUGUAUAA